CGCGAAAGAGAUCGAUUGGGAGCAAAAGGCGACAACUUGGUGCAUUUGAUCUGCAAACCGAACCGAACCGAACCAAAAAGGAUUGACUCCAAUCCAAACACAAACGAUUCCAUGCCCCCACCAAUUGCUUCCACCCCGACGCGUCGGCGAGAGGCGGGCUGGAGAGAUUCUCAUUCUCAUCACGGUCACCGGGGACUUUCGUAUCCCGGCGACUACGACGUCAUGUCCCCCAACCCGUACGGCAGCGCAAGCAGCAUGAACCGCGGACCACGGCCCCCCGCCCCUGGAUCCGCGUCUGCACCCUACCACUACGAUCCACAGGGACCGCCGAUGCCAUCGCGCGGACCUCCGGGUCCACCGCCCGGUGAUUACUGGUACGCCUCGCCUCCUCCCUACAACAGCGAGCACCCGCAUCCGCAUCCGCAUCCACAUGCGCACAAUCCACCGCCACCCAGCAACCACCGUGGCGGGGGAGCGCACUUUUGGGGACCUCCUCCACCGUCCCUGCACGACGGCUACAGGGGUGGACCUUCCCACGAAUCCCUGCGAGGAGCUCCGAACGGACACACGCCCCAUCCAAACCAACACCCACACAGAACACCGCCCAGACGCCCCUACCCGGGCGAUCAAGUCGGGCUGUCGGAGCCCACGAUCUCACCAUCGUCUUCCGGGGAGCACCACAGUCUCGUUCACCACCAUCAACGAAAGGACUUCAGUCCGCCCUCACCUCCAGGAGCAACAGGACGUCAGGCCCCGGGCAAUCGGGGAGUGCAAGUAUCUGUUUCCGCUUCGGCAGAUUCGGAAGAAGCAACGACGCUGGGAUCGUCUUCCGCAGCUGCAAACACCGUGACUCCGAACAAAGGAGGUCGUAACGAUGCCAGCGACGCGGAGGACGCGGAAAUGGGUGACGGCGACUCUGGUUCGAAGCAGGGCACAGACAAAAAGGGGGAUCCGCUGCGUGUCUUGGCAGAUGUAUCGGCGGGAAUGGGAGGGAAGAACAAGAACAAAAACAAGAGCAAGAACAAGCAGUCCAAUCGAAACGCACCGGAACCAACAGGCGAAACCACGGGAGGCGCUACGAAUUCCAGGGAAGGCUCCGAUGCCGAGACGGCUGCUUCUGCCACGAGCAGCCCGAGUGCUGCCGCCAGUCGUCCGUCGGUGCCCAUGCCAGCGCCGACGUCGCCGCUGCACCGCAGGUUCAAGCCGAGCCCGAUCACCCCGAGCCAGACCCCCCAAGUCCGUGCCGUUGUGGACAGCAAGCGCACCCCCGCGACGACGCGAAAACACCAGCCGAUUACUCCGAGUCGAUCGCACGAUACCGCGUCGACCGCGGAAACCAGUGGCCCGCAGCCACCGUUGCAGAUGGGGUGGGAGCCACCGCCACUCCCGCACGGGGGCAGCGGGAGCAGCGGAAGCGGAGAGAUGUUUCCUGCCCACCCCGCUCACGAACAGUACUCGAACGCCUCGCAGCAGGCUGGGCCCUAUCGUCCCUCUGCGCCGCGCCGGAACGGCAGACCCGCAAUGCACUACGGUGGCCCCGGAGAAUUCGGGCAGCCCGCCUAUCCCGCCGAUUCGCCAGCACUGGUGGAACGCGGUAGUUUCGACAGCCACGGCGAUGCUUCCACGUAUCGAGGGGCAUCCAUGUAUCCACCACCGUCGACACCAAAUUCCUCAAGAGGAGCAUACUUUUACGACGACCACCCGCCUCCUCCGCCCGGAUACGGCAGUGGUGCCGGAGCAGGACCGCACUGGGAGAAUCCCGGACAAUCUCCGUAUUCCCCAAGCUAUCCACCCCCCGGUCGCGGAGCCGGUGGAUGGAAUCCACCGCACCCUCCACCCCCACACACGCAUUCCGAUCCAUACUAUGCACCGCCUCCGCACCACGGCCCUCCCCCGCCGGAGUAUUCGUAUCCGCCCCCACCACCCCACUAUGGCGGACCCGAGGAUCACGAUCUGCCUUUUUAUGGCGGCACUGCACCACCGCUUCAUCCCUCGUAUCACCACAGAGGCGGACCCCCUCUGCCGAUGCCGGGGCCGCACCAUCCGGGCAUGCCGAUCCCUCCUCCUCACAUGAUGGGCGGACCACCCCCACCCUACCACUAUGGGCAUCCGCCCAGGAUGGAGGAGAAAACGAUACUGAGGAAGAAAUUUUCCUGGAAACACUAUCCGGAGGUAAGGAAUACGUUCUUGUUUCGCCUUGAAAGUAUGCUUCGUGUUGGACACAAAAAUCUCACCGAAUCGUUUUUCCUUUGCUUGUUGCCUUUUGUCAUUCAGCUCGAACGCUUUCUCAUCGCCAAUCGCGACGAGUACUUGAAGCAUUCGAACAUGAACUACACAGCCGAACAAAAGCAAUACAACAACUGGUUAACGGAACGACUCUUAGAGGUCGCCGGUCAGCACAAUUACAUGUUCGAUCCAGACGAUUUCAACUUUGUCGCCAUUCGAGAUCGGAUACGUUGCUACUACAAGUCUUAUGUACAAACGGCGAGAAAACGGGGUUUGAAGUUGCCAGAGAAAAAGGCCCUCAAAAACAAGAUUGCUGCCGCUACAACCGAAGGCAGCGGGAAAAAAGAGUGACGGAUAUGAUACAAUCAGUCAAUGUUUGGGAUUUAGUACGGUUUGGCACCGUGACUAUUGUUUUAUUCAUGUUACAACGCAUUGGGACUAGCUUUACUGAACUUUAUGUAUAUUAUGUGUUAAUGGGCGAGAGACGCAGGGGACACAAGAUGCGUCUUUCUUUCCUAAUAAUAUAACAAUUAUAUU